GAUUCCAGCAGGGCACAUUGCUGGGUGCCGGGGUGCUGGGCUGCAGGGAUCAGAGGCACAGGGUGCUGGGUGUCAGGAAGCUACAUUGCAGGGGUCCCAGCGGGGCAGGGUGCUGAGUGCCGUGCCAGGGAGCUGACCGGAGCUCUACAGGGAUCCCAGAAGUGCACUCGCCCCUAGUACACCUCCCACCAUGGCUGGGUCCGACCUGGUGCAGGAGCUGCAGUUGGAGGUUACCUGCUCCAUCUGUACCAAGUACAUGGAGGUGCCUGUGAUGCUGGACUGCGGGCACAACUACUGUGAGGACUGCAUCAUUCAGCACUGGGACAGGGUGGAGGAGGACGAGGAGCCGAGACAGUGCCCCCUAUGCCGCCGGUCCUUCCGACAGCGCAGCUUCCGCCAGAACAAGUCGCUGGCCAACGUGGUGGAGAUUGUGCAGCGGUUCCCCUCCCGGGAUGAGGCCCAGGAUGUGCGCUCCACAUACAACUCCACCAUGGGGAAGGACCCCCAGGGGCAGCAGGUAAAACAGUGA